UCGCGUUUUGCGUCGGUUUGCGCACUUACCUCGAGAAGACGCGCUGUGCGGGGGAACCCCCUCUGGCGGUUUGUCUCGCCGACGCCCCCCGCCCCGCUCCUCCUUUUAGAGUGCGUAGGUUUGGGGCGAACCUUGGGCGAGAGGAGGGCUUGCUCUUCCCGACGCCGGCCCUUCUCUGGUCGCGCCUUUCUCCUGUGAGGCGGUGUCGCCGCCGGGAAGUACCGCUGCGGCCGUGGUGUUGUCGGUCUUGCCCGGGUGGGAGAGUUGGAGUAGGAGGCCGACUGCGACCCCGCCGCCCCGCCUGUCGCCGCGGCCUCAUGGGGGUCCGCGGGCUCUGGAAGCUGCUGGAGUGCUCCGGGCGGCAGGUCAGCCCGGAGACCCUGGAAGGGAAGAUCCUCGCCGUGGAUAUUAGCAUUUGGUUAAACCAGGCACUAAGAGGGGUCCGGGAUUGCCAUGGGAACUCAAUAGGAAAUGCUCAUCUUCUCACUUUGUUUCAUCGGCUCUGUAAACUCUUAUUUUUUCGAAUUCGUCCUAUUUUUGUAUUUGAUGGGGAUGCUCCACUAUUGAAGAAACAGACGUUGGCUAAGAGAAGGCAUAGAAAGGAUUUGGCAGCCACCGACUCCAGAAAAACGACAGAGAAGCUUUUGAAAACAUUUUUGAAAAGACAGGCUAUCAAAACUGCCUUAAAAAGCAAAAGAGACGAAGCACUCCCCAGUCUUACUCAAGUUCGAAGAGAAGAUGACCUCUAUGUUUUGCCACCUUUACAGAAGGAAGAGAAAAAUAGUUCAGAAGAAGAAGAUGAAAGAGAAUGGCAAGAAAGAAUGAGUCAAAAACAAGCAUUACAGGAAGAGUUAUUUCAUAAUCCUCAUGCCAUAGAUAUUGAGUCUGAAGACUUUAGCAGCCUGCCUCUUGAAAUAAAGCAUGAAAUCUUGACUGAUAUGAAAGAAUUUACCAAGCGAAGAAGAACCUUAUUUGAAGCAAUGCCAGAGGAGUCUAAUGACUUUUCACAGUAUCAGCUCAAAGGCUUGCUUAAAAAAAACUAUCUAAAUCAACACAUAGAAAAUGUCCAAAAGGAAAUGAAUCAGCAACAGUCAGGACAAAUCCAAAGGCAAUAUGAAGAUGAAGGGGGCUUUUUGAAGGAGGUAGAGUCAAGGAGAGUGGUCUCUGAAGACACGUCGCAUUACAUCUUGAUAAGAGGUAUUCAAUCUAAGAAAGUUGCAGAGGAUUCAAAGCCUCUGCCUUCUUCCAGUGAAAUGCACAGCAGGUCUUUUGACAUGAAGUCAUCUUCAUGUGAGGAACUGAAGCCGGAGAAAGAACCUGCUGCUACCCCUCCUUCUCCAAGAACUUCCCUGGCAAUGCAGGCUGCUAUGCUGGGAAGCGACUCGGAAGAGGAGUGGGAGAGUGAGAAGCACAAGCGAUCUGAUGCAAAGAAUGCACCUGUGUCACCACUUACUGUAUUAGCUAUUCAGAAAGUUCUUGACGAUGAUGAAGACAUGGAAGCACAUGCUGGAAAUGAUGUGCAGACAGGAGGGUCAGGAGUGAAAAAGUUGCUUGAGAACAGUUGCUGUGAAGAAACUGUUGAAGAUCUUAAAGAGGGAGAUGGUGAGGGAAUGCUCUUGCCAACAGGACCCCAUCUACCUCUUAUGAACUCUGCACAUGAAACCAGCUCUGACACUGGCAAGAGGCUGGCAGACCCAGCUCAUUUGUCACAUCCUGUCUUCUGUCCAGGAAGUGUUCUAAAAGAAGAAAUGUCACUUAUGCAUUUGGUGAGUGAGGCCUUUCAGAAAAGCGAUGAGUCUAUUGUUAAGGGUAGAAAAGACCCAGUUCCUUCAGAAAGCACAAUGGUGAUGCCCAGUGAUGCACCUGGACUCCAGAGUGGGAGAGAACUGAAACCAACUCCUGCGAUGAGUUCAAGUUCUGUGUCAAGGAAUGAAACAUACACCAAAGAGCCUGAGCUACAAGAGCUUUGUCCAUCGGGCAGCAAAUAUGAUUCCUCUGUUCUUUCAAGUGAUGAUGAAACAGAAUGUGAAAAAAAUUGUGAUUCUGAAAUAAUUGGCACUCUCCAUUUGCAAGAAACGAGUAAUACACAAAGUGUCCCUUUGGAGGCGAUGAGUAACUUAGAAGAUGCAGUAUCCUUUAAUGGUAAAGAGCCUGAGAAUUGCCUGAAAACCAUCCAAGAACAUGAGACAGUGGAAUCCGCAGACCAGGACUUAAUUUCAGUUCCUAAGUCCAUGGAGCCAAUGGAAAUGGACUCUGAAGAAAGUGAAUCUGAUGGAAGUUUCAUCGAAGUACAGAGUAUAACUAGUAAUUAUGAAGUUCCAGCAGAGUUACACGAAGCUCCCAAAUCUCCUUCUGGACAAAGUGAAGAACUGAUAGGAGCUGAGAAGGAAGACGCCAUGGAUGACUCUGAGGGCCUCCUAAAACAGAACUCUGGAAGUGAGGCUUUGGAUAGUGAGCCACAUGAAGAAGCUGGAAAAGAUGCAGACAAUUCACUCAAUGAAUGGCAAGAUAUUAAUUUGGAGGAACUGGAGACUCUGGAGAACGACCUGUUAGCACAGCAGCAUUCAUUGAAAGCGCAACAGCAGCAGCAAGAACGAACGGCUGCUACUGUGACGGGGCAGAUGUUCCUAGAAAGCCAGGAACUUCUUCGCCUCUUUGGCAUUCCCUACAUCGAGGCUCCCAUGGAAGCAGAGGCUCAGUGUGCCAUCCUGGACCUGACUGAUCAAACUUCUGGGACAAUCACUGAUGAUAGUGAUAUUUGGCUGUUUGGAGCACGGCAUGUCUAUAAAAACUUUUUUAAUAAAAACAAGUUUGUAGAAUAUUACCAGUACGUGGACUUUCACAAUCAACUUGGAUUAGACCGGAACAAAUUAAUAAAUUUGGCCUAUUUGCUUGGAAGUGAUUAUACAGAAGGAAUACCAACUGUUGGUUGUGUUACAGCCAUGGAAAUUCUGAAUGAAUUCCCUGGACAUGGCCUGGAACCUCUCCUAAAAUUCUCAGAGUGGUGGCAUGAAGCUCAAAAAAAUAAGAAGAUAAGACCUAACCCUUAUGAUACCAAAGUGAAAAAAAAAUUACGCAAGCUGCAGCUCACACCUGGCUUCCCCAAUCCAGCUGUUGCGGAUGCUUACCUCAAACCUGUGGUGGAUGAUUCCAGGGGAUCGUUUCUGUGGGGGAAACCAGAUCUGGACAAAAUUAGAGAAUUUUGUCAGCGUUAUUUUGGCUGGAAUAGGACGAAGACAGAUGAGUCUCUGUUUCCAGUAUUAAAGCAACUGAACGCCCAGCAGACGCAGCUCCGAAUUGAUUCUUUCUUUAGAUUAGCUCAACAGGAGAGACAAGAUGCUAAGGGUAUUAGGAGCCAGAGACUUAACAGAGCUGUGACAUGUAUGCUGAGAAAAGAGCGAGAAGCAGCAGCCAGCGAAAUAGAAGCAGUGUCUGUUGCCAUGGAGAAUGAUUUUGAGUUCCCUGAUAAGGCAAAAGGAAAAACCCAGAAGAGAAGCAUCGUAAAUAAAUGGAAAGAGUCAUCAAGCCCGAAAAAAAAGAGGCUUUCAGAUUCCAAGCAAGAGAGAAGUUGUGGUGGGUUUUUUGUGGGGGCCUGCCUCUCGCCAUCAUCUGGGACCUCUUCAGGCGAGGACACGGAGUGUGGGUCUUCGGUGAACAUGCGCUGCAGGGGAGCAGCCCUGGAGUCACCUGCCAGUCACCCAGGUUUGCAGAGUGCAGUGACGCCUGCUCCUGUCAGGGACCAAGGUGCAACCACCAGCAGCUCCAGUGACGAUGAUGGUGGGGGGCCAGUGCCAGUACUGGUGACUGCCAGAUCUGUGUUUGGGAAGAGAAAGAGGAAACUGAGAGGUAUAAGAGGAAAAAAGAGAAAAAGCUAAUUUAAGUCCAUGUGUUCCCCAUCAUCAGGUACAACUAACAUUUUGUAAUGAAUUUGUUGUGAGGAAAUAAUACAAUUAAAAGUAUUUGCAAACUU